AUGCAUCUGUCACGGCCAGCCAGCCAAGCCCAGGAUCCCAAACUGUCCAAGGUUGCAUCAUUUUUCUGGAAGGCAUCCCAUUAUUGUUCCAUUGACCUUUCUCUCAUUCCCGAGCCCUCUGGAGUUAUGUCAACAGCUGCCUUACUUACUUUGGUAAGAAGUGGUGGGAACCAGGUGAGGAGGAGAGUGCUGCUCAGAGCCCGCGGUCUGCAGGAUGACAGGUGGGUGACGCCCACGUGCCACAGCUCCACUUCAGAGCCGAGAUGGUCUCGCUUUGAUUCUGAUGGUAGUGGCCGACCAGCCACCUGGGAUAAUUUUGGCAUCUGGGAUAACCGCCUGGAGGAGCCAAUUCUGCUACCGCCCAGUAUUAAGUAUGGCAAGCCAAUUCCCAAAGUCAGCUUGCAGAACGUGGGCAGCGCAUCGCAGAUUGGCAAACGGAAAGAGAAUGAAGACCGGUUUGGCUUUGCUCAGCUGACCAAUGAGAUCCUGUACUUUGCGGUGUACGAUGGCCACGGUGGACCUGCAGCGGCCGAUUUCUGUCACACCCACAUGGAGAAAUGCAUCCUGGAUUUGCUUCCUAAGGAGGAGAACUUGGAAACUGUGUUGACCUUGGCUUUUCUUGAAAUAGAUAAAACCUUUGCAAGGCACGCCCACCUAUCUGCUGAUGCAACGCUUCUGACCUCUGGGACUACUGCAACAGUAGCCCUAUUGAGAGAUGGCAUUGAACUGGUUAUAGCUAGUGUUGGGGACAGCCGAGCUAUUUUGUGUAGAAAAGGAAAACCCAUGAAGCUGACCAUUGACCACACUCCAGAAAGAAAAGACGAGAAAGAAAGGAUUAAGAAAUGUGGGGGGUUUGUAGCUUGGAAUAGUUUGGGACAGCCUCAUGUGAACGGCAGACUUGCAAUGACAAGGAGUCUCGGAGAUUUGGAUCUUAAAACCAGUGGUGUGAUAGCAGAACCUGAAACAAAGAGGAUUAAGUUACAUCAUGCUGAUGACAGCUUCCUGGUCCUCACUACAGAUGGAAUUAACUUCAUGGUGAACAGUCAGGAGAUUUGUGACUUUGUCAAUCAGUGCCAUGAUCCCAAUGAAGCAGCCCUUGCAGUGACUGAACAGGCAAUACAAUAUGGUACUGAAGAUAACACUACUGCAGUAGUAGUGCCUUUUGGUGCCUGGGGAAAAUACAAGAACUCUGAAAUCACCUUCUCAUUCAGCAGAAGCUUUGCCUCUAGUGGACGAUGGGCCUGA